CGCCAGGAAAACCCUUGCUUUCGUCAACGCUUGAAUUUUUUAAAGCGGUAUUUUGUCCUCGAUGACUGCAGGACGAGUUGCCUCGGCCGCAUAUGUCAUAAAUAGAUCGGGUCGCGUGAGUAUGAACAGAUGGCGUUGUUUAUUUGCUCAAUGACUCGACACAUCCAAUUUAGACUAACUGAUAAACUUAGGCAACAUAUAUUUACUGUAUUUUUUCAUAACUAGCUUACAAAUUUUCGAGUCCUGUAGCUGGUUUGGUUUACUUGGGGAGUCGAACAUUAUUACAGCUGCAAAUAUGAAGUUUUCUGUUCUUUUGCUUGUUUUUGUCGUCGCUUUUUGCGAUGCCGGACAAGUAGUGAAACUGGGGAAAAUGAGAAGACUGAGCGACAAACUUAGAGAGGAAGGUUUUGUCUACACGGGUUCUCUCAACAACAAAUACACGAUCGGAGGAACAAAAGACACGGCGACAUUACCAAUGACGAAUUACUUGAAUGCUCAGUACUUUGGAAGGAUUGAUAUUGGAAAUCCACCGCAAAGUUUUGAUGUUAUAUUUGACACUGGAUCUUCCAAUCUCUGGAUACCAUCAUUUCCAUGUGGAAGCAAUAUUCCUUGCUAUAUCCAUGGAGGAUACGACAGCGAUGUGUCAUCAACUUACGAGGAAGAUGGCGACCAUUUCGAAAUUCGAUACGGAACCGGAUCGAUGGAGGGAUUCGAAAGCAGAGAUGAUGUUGCCAUUGCUGGACUUGUAGCAAAAAAUCAGACUUUUGCGGAAGCUACUGUAGAGCCAGGUAUCACAUUUGUAGCCGCCCAGUUUGCAGGAAUUUUGGGUUUGGGAUACCCAACUAUUUCUGUGAAUGGUAUUAAACCGGUAUUCAAUACCAUGAUUGACGAUGGCGUUGUAGACAAGCCACAGUUUUCGUUUUAUCUCAAUCGAAAUCCAAACGAUGUCUUAGGAGGGGAACUUUACCUUGGAGGGGUCGAUGAGAGCCGGUAUACCGGAGACUUUAUAUGGCACGACGUAACUAGACAGGCUUAUUGGGAACUCCACAUGGAUUCAAUGACUGUACACACCGGCCAUGAUUGUGCUCUCGGUUGCGAACUGGAGAGACCAACUGCAUGCGUCGGUGGAUGUCGGGCAAUUGUUGAUUCAGGCACGUCAUUGAUCGCUGGUCCUGCAGCAGAAAUCAGAGCAAUCAAUGAAGCUAUCGGUGCUAUACGAUUUGUUCUAGGGGAGUGGUUAGUGAUAUGUAGCAGAAUUCCAGACAUGCCCGAUGUGGAUAUAGUAUUGAGUGGAAUUACCUAUACUUUGACUCCGGAAGACUACGUAUUACAGAUCACACAGGACGGCCAGACAUCUUGCAUUUCGUCAUUCUACGAAUUUGAUAUUCCUCCACCAGCCGGGCCGCUCUGGAUUCUGGGUGAUUCCUUCAUGGGAAAAUACUACACCACCUUUGAUUUCGCAACAAACAGAAUUGGCAUUGCUACGCUUGUUAAAUAAUGAUGGAACAUGAGAAAUUGUUGUUGUUUAAUAAUUCGCAUUUCCCGGUCAUAAAUCAUUAACAUAUUAUA